AUGAAGGUUCUCUUGCUUGCUUUAUCCAUGGUAAUGGUAGCAGUCACAGCUGACAAGUGCACAGAGAAAUGUGCCAAAUGUGAGACAGUGGAACGAUCAGAGUGCUUAGCUGGCAUGGGAAAAGAUCCGGAGUGUGGCUGCUGUGACAUUUGUUCCAGAUUUGAGGGGCAGAAGUGUGACAAGAAUGGUGCUGCAUACAAGCAUGGUCAUUGUGGUGAUGGCCUUGACUGUAAAUCCGUUGGUGAUGAUGAUAUCUGCCAGUGUGUCUGGGAUGAAAUAAUCUGUGGCUCUGAUGGUGUCACAUACAACAAUCUUUGCCAGAUGAUGGCUGCAGCUGUCAGAGAAUCCAAGAGGGAUACAAUGGAGGUCAAGUCAGUAGGCCCAUGUGAUCCAGGUGCACAGAUUGUAACCAAGCCUGAAUAUGUUAAAAACAGCACAAACAACAAUGUUGUCCUUUCAUGUGAAGCUAUUGGAUUCCCCACUCCUUCAAUCCACUGGGUUGUUACUAAAGCCAACAAUAAGACUUUUGAUAUGCCAGGUGAUGACGAUCACAUUGUUAUUGCCACAAGAGGUGGUCCAGGAAAAUAUCAGGUGACUGGGUGGCUGCAGAUUGAACACCUGUUGAAACGUCACGAAGGGGACUACACAUGUAUUGCAGCCAAUGAGCUCAAGGAAGACAGGGCCAAAGCUAGGAUUAAGGUAGCCAACUAA